AUGCACAUCCUGGUAGUCAACGACGAUGGUCCACCAAGCACCAAGCUCUCACCAUACCUUCGACCUUUAGUCGACACCCUCAAAGCAAACGGCCACCAAGUCUCCGUAGCAAUCCCCGCCGCCUCACGCUCCUGGAUCGGCAAAGCCCACCUAAUCGAAGCCUCCCUAACAGCCAGCUACGUACACCCAGACGCCUUCCACGGCGACGGCAGCUGGGACACGAGCUUUGAAUCCCCAGACCCGGAAAACGACUGGGUGGUGAUCCGCAACGGCACACCGGCCAGCUGCGCGCAACUAGGUCUGUACAACCUGUUCAGCGAGCGCGCGCCCAUCGACCUCGUCAUCUCGGGCCCGAACCAUGGCCGCAAUGCCUCCACCAUCUACAACCUGUCUUCGGGGACGGUAGGCGGUGCCUUGGAGGCGGUUUUCUGUGGGAAGCGUGGAAUUGCUGUCUCGUUUGGUAGCAAGGACCCGCAGCCCGAUGAUGUUAUUGCUGCGGCGGCGAGACUGGCUGUUAGGGUUGUGCGGCAUCUUUUUGAGAACUGGGAUGAGCGCGUGGAGCUUUAUAAUAUCAAUGUUCCCAUGGUUCUUGAUGUUGAGGAGAGGCCUGUGCUGUAUACGCGCACGUUGCCGUAUUAUUGGUCUCGGGGGUGUUUGUAUGCUGAGGAGGGGACGGGGAAGAAGAUUAAUGGUGUGAAUGGUGUGAAUGGUGUGAAUGGUGUGAAUGGUGUGAAUGGUGUGAAUGGUGUGAAUGGUGUGAAUGGUGUGAAUGGUGUGAAUGGUGUGAAUGGUGUGAACGGUGUGAACGUCAAUGGCGAGACGAAUGGCACGGCUGUUAAUGGACAGGCCCUGUCUGCCAGACAGCGCCAGUUUAAGUGGUCUGCUGAUUUGUCGGAUAUGAAGAAGACGUUGCAGGAGAGUGAGGUAGGCACGGAUGCUCAUACCGUGCUCAAUGGGUCGACUAGUGUGACUGCCCUCCGAGCCAAUUUCUGGCAUGUCCCUGAUCUUGAAGGGCCGCUGGAUCUUAAUUCUUGA